AUGGGAAACGAUUCUUCGAAAUCGGCAACGACACAUAGGACUUCAGGAAGGAAAAAAUUAAGUUUGGGGGUUAAACGUGGUCCAUCUGUCUCGGUCAUACAGCGUCACUUGGAAACGGCGCAGAAAAGUCGAGUUUUACAACUAAGAAAUUUUGGCAUGAAAAUAUUGCCUGAACAAUUGCAAGAAGUUUGUGAAAUUCUUCGAAAUUUGGAUGUUUCACAGAACAGAAUCCGAACCAUCCCAAUAUUUAUUGGUUCAUUCAGUAACCUAAAGCAGCUUCAUCUUUGCAAUAAUGAAUUGGAAAGUUUACCCAAUGAAAUAGGUGUUCUGAAGAAGUUGGAAGUUUUGGAUCUCUCAUGUAAUCAACUUGGAUGCCUUCCGGAAUCGUUGGCUGGUUUAUGUUCGCUGAAAAUACUGAAUAUAUCAAAAAAUAAGUUCACACACUUGCCUAUAUGUGUAUGCCACUUAUCGGCACUGAACAUUCUUGACAUAUCGUCCAAUUUUAUCGAAUUUCUUCCCGAUGAGGUGAAAUUUCUGAAGACUUCGGAACUUAAUUUAAAUCAGAACAGAUUAAAUUCAUUAAAUGCAGCAAACUUGAUGCAUUGCGAAGCUUUGAGGAUACUUCGAGUGGAAGAAAAUUGUCUGAAUAAAACAGAUUUUAUAAGUGAUUUUCUAAUUAAUUCCAACAACUGGAAUUUCAUAUUGACUCAAGGCGCCACUUUCAAACAGUCUGUUGAAUUGAAACGCCUUUUUUCUUUUCAUUACGAUGUUCGGUUGUUUCAGUUCUUGUGCGGGAAGAGGAUGAAGAAACUGGGAUCUGUAAAUGCGACUAAUCCGAAGGAGAAUGAACAUGUUUGGGUACCAGAUGCUAUCGAAGGCUUUGUGUUGGGCGUCGUAAUUCGGAAUGUAGCAGAUGAUCGUGUAUUAUUGAAGAUUGAAGGUACGGGUCACGAAAAAACUAUAUGCAGAGAAGAGUUACAGUCUGUAAAUCCAGCUAAAUUAGACAAAAUAGAAGAUAUGUCAUCGCUUUCGUACUUAAACGAAGCUUGUGUGCUACACAACCUUCGGCAACGAUAUUAUUCGUCGCUUAUAUAUACGUAUUCCGGCUUAUUUUGUGUCGUCAUAAAUCCGUACAAGUGGAUGCCUCAUAUCUAUUCAACAACAGUGAUGAAAAGUUAUCGUGGACGAAAGCGGCAUGAAGUACCUCCUCAUAUAUUUGCUGUGGCUGACUGUGCUUAUCACGAAAUGUUGUAUCAGCGAGAAGAUCAAUCCAUCCUUUGUACUGGAGAAUCAGGUGCUGGAAAAACAGAGAAUACAAAGAAAGUAGUCCAGUAUUUAGCGGAUAUUGCGGGUGCUGGGCGACACAUGCGUUCAUCAGUUGCCAGAAGUCCCGGAAAGGGUCAACUGGAAAAUCAAUUGUUAUUAGCAAACCCGAUCCUCGAAGCUUUUGGUAAUAGUAAAACAAUUAAGAAUGACAAUUCUUCGAGAUUUGGUAAGUUUAUCAGGAUAAAUUUUGAUCAGAGUGGCUGCAUAUCGGGUGCAAAUAUCGAACAUUAUUUAUUGGAAAAAUCGCGCACUGUUCGACAGGCAGAAAAUGAGCGAUCAUUCCACUUUUUUUAUCAGUUAUUGCUUGGUUCAUCUAUUAGCAAGAAAGGUACAUUUUUAAUGGAUGAUAUCGACAACUAUCGUUUCCUUACGAAUGGGAAUCUCAUCAUUCCGAAUGUUGACGACGCUUCCGACUUGUCAAAUACUUUGAAUGCAAUGAAAGGGAUGGAUUUUUCGGACACAGAUAUUGAUGCAGUCAUGCGAAUAACAUGUGCGAUUUUACUAUUGGGAAAUUUAUCCUUUUCCGAAGAUCGUACUUCUGAUCAAGCAAUACUUGUUGAUGAUAGAGUUGCUCAAAAAAUAUGUUGCUUACUUGGAUUGCCAGUUUCGGACUUAGCGAAAGCAUUUUUGAAACCGCGAGUAAAGGUUGGUCGUGAUUAUGUGCAUAAAGCUCAAACUCGUGAGCAGGUUCAGUAUGCGGUUGAAGCCAUUGCAAAAGCAAGCUAUGAACGAAUGUUCCGGUGGCUGGUGACACGAAUUAAUCGUUCCCUGGGGCGUUCAGCAAAUAGUGGAGCAACUUUCAUUGGAAUAC